UGCACAGCUCCGUGAAACACACCUGGUUAUUCAGUGCUACAACGAUGAAGACGUGGAUCUUUGUGCUUAUGCUCACAGUGGCUGUAGCUGCAGUAUCAGCCCACAGUAAAUCCAGGCACAAAAGAACAUGGAUCAUCGACUCGUUCACUAUAGAGGAAGAAAGCCCUGGGCCUUUCCCAUAUCCACUCGGCACCAUCACUGUGGACAAGAAAUAUCUGGUAAAUUUCAUCCUCAGUGGCAGUGGGGUCGAUGUGGAGCCCAUAGGUGUGCUGAGUAUCGACAGGAAAACCGGUCAAAUCCUUGUGCAUAAAAAAGUCGACCAUGAGACCUUCCCAGUUCUCAGGCUUAAAUUUGAAGCCAAGAACGUCUCGAACGACAAAGUGGACACGCGGCUCGGAGUCGAGGUCAAGAUUCAAGAUAUAAAUGAUCAUGCACCAAUGUUUAAACCUCCAAACUAUGAAACAACACUCAACGAAUCGGUACCUCAAGGCAAAUUGGUAACGACGGUCUUCGCAACAGAUGGUGAUGAUGAAUCCACCCCCAAUGGCACUUUCGACUUCAGAUUGGUCUCAGUCACCCCAAAAACAGACAAUGUGGAAUUUUAUAUGACUCAGAACCACUACACAGGACAUGUUUUUUUCAAAGGCUGCUUGGAUUACGAGAAAGCGCAGAAAUAUACCCUCCUGAUUGAAGCCAAAGAUAAAGGAGAAAAAAUGCAGCUGUCCAGCACCAGCACAGUGGUCCUGAAGAUCAUUGACCAUAACAAUCACCUCCCUGAAAUCACUGGCCAAACUGGUCCUGCAAAGAUAAAAGAACGCGAGAGCGGAGUGGAAGUUCUGCGCUUGCAGGUAUCAGACAAAGACACACGAGGGACACCAGCCUGGAGAGCUAAAUUUACUCUUCAUGGAGAUCAGGAGAACUAUUUUAAAAUCCAGACCGACCCCAACACUAAUGAAGGGAUCCUGUCUGUUAUGAGGGAGAUGGAUUACGAGGAACAACGUUUUCGAAACGUGUCAAUCAGUGUGGAAAAUGAGAUUCCUUACUUCUCCUGUAAGGUGAUAAACCCAACUUCUCAGGGUUUAUGGGAAGUAGAGACCUUCUCUGCUGGGUCUGGCACACGUUCUGCUAACCUUCCUAAGCUUUAUCCAGCCACCAUCGCCGUGGAGGACAUCAACGACCCGCCGGAAUUUUUACCUCCUGUUAAAGAAAUAAUGAUCAUGGAAAAUACAAAAGUAGGAACCGUAUUGGGAACCCUUACAGCCAAAGACCCAGACAUAUCAUUUGGAAGCUCAUUUCACUUUAUUAAAGGAGAAGAUAAAGAUAACUGGGUGAAUAUAGAUCCAAACACAGGCCAGAUUUCUGUGGCCAAGGUCAUGGACAGAGAAUCACCUCUGGUGAAGAACAGCACCUACUCUGUCAUUGUGUAUGUGGUGGACAACGCUGAACCUCCAAUGACUGGCACAGGGACAGUGAUCCUACAUCUAGGAGAUCAGAAUGAUAACAUACCACUGCUGCAGAUGGACAAUGUCAAUGUGUGUUUAUCAGACAAGGAAAGCACAACUAACAUCAGUGCUGUAGAUCUGGAUCUUCCUCCAUACAGUGCACCAUUCCACUACGAUCUACUGGGAGACAUCAAGGGAAAAUGGAGAAUAGAACCAAACUAUGGAACGACUGUGAACCUGGUCCGAGAGAAGAACAUCUAUUCCGGCCAUUACGAGUUGCAAGUCAAAAUCUCAGACAACCAGGGCUUUGGUUUGGUCCAGAAUUUAUCCGUCACCGUGUGUGACUGCACAGUUACACUUAACUGCCAUGUUCAGAGAUCAGUGGCUGCACAGCCGAGCGUCAGCGCCAUUGGGAUCAUGAUCUUCGCUCUGUUAUUACUGCUAGCUGUUCUUCUGAUGGCUCUUCUGAUCUCCUGCAAGCAAAAGAAAAUUAUGAUCCCAACUGAUGAUGUUCCUGGCUGGUGCCUAAUCAGCUCCAACAUUGAGACACCUGGAACAGACUGCAAGAUACCACCUAAAAUAGCCCAAACAGACCUGACCGAGAACAUUGUGAAGACGUCCAAUACCAUGGAAGUUCAAAAUGGGAUUUCCACACAGGAGAUGAUGCUUCUAAACGGUGUCCAUCAGAAUUUCGCAUCAUCUGCUGAACAGCAAAUGAUCAGGAGAUCUCUCAGACGGAGUUCGACCAGAAGAUCUUACCGGCAGAUCAACAACUAUGAUACGAUGGACUCAAUGAGCCGAAACUAUUCUACUCACUACGCAGAAGACCUUCAUAUGAGACAGGCAUUGCUGAUUCGGCUUGAUCAGAUUCUCCUCCAACUCCAGUCUCCACAAGGCGAGCUUGGCGAUUAUGAGCCUCACUGCUACGCAGAUGAAGGCGAACCCGAGACAGGCCAAAACCUUGAUACCAUCUCCAUUCCUGAGCUGGAAUUCCGUCCAGAAAUCUUUACGAAUUUAGAUUUCCAAUUUAACAAACUAGCAGCUGUGUGCAAACCCGAUCUAAUGUCGAGGAUCGAGUAAAAAAAAAAAAACACACAAAAAAACAC